AUGGCUACUUUUGCCGAUUUUGCUCCCAAGAUGUGCAAAAGUGACCCGACGUAUGCUGGAGAGAUGGUUACACAGUGUCUAAGCUUGAUGACCGAUGUUGGUUUGGAUGAUGAGGAUGCAGCUGAAUGGACUCAGUCUGAAGAUCUUGACCUCGAGGAAAGUGACAAAAACCACGUUGCUGGCGAGCAAUGCAUGGACCGUCUCGCUAAUAAGCUCGGUGGCCAGGUAAUUUUACCUGCAACUUUCGUCUGGGUACCCCGAAUGAUGUCCUCAACCUCUUGGCGCGAUCGACAUGCAGCUCUUAUGGCCAUCUCCGCUAUAUCUGAAGGUUGCAGAGACCUCAUGGAGGGUGAGUUAGAUCAGGUUCUUGCUCUUGUCGUGCCAGCUCUUCAAGACCCCCACCCAAGAGUCCGCUUCGGCGGCUGCAACGCCCUUGGCCAGAUGAGUACGGAUUUCGCACCUACCAUGCAAGUGAAGUAUCACUCCAUCGUCCUCGGAAAUAUCCUUCCGGUGUUGGAUUCGACGGAACCCCGCGUCCAGGCCCAUGCUGCUGCGGCGUUGGUUAAUUUCUGUGAAGAGGCUGAGAAGGAGAUUCUGGAACCGUAUCUCGAAGAGCUCCUGAAACGUCUUCUGCAGCUUCUUCGAAGUUCCAAACGGUUUGUGCAGGAGCAGGCGCUUUCUACAAUUGCUACGAUUGCUGAUUCUGCAGAGGCUGCUUUCGGACAGUUUUAUGACACACUUAUGCCGCUGUUGUUUAAUGUUUUGAAUGAAGAGCAAUCGAAGGAGUUCCGGAUUUUGAGAGCGAAGGCCAUGGAGUGUGCCACUCUGAUUGCGCUGGCUGUCGGAAAAGAGAAAAUGGGUCAAGAUGCGUUGACUCUAGUGCAGCUUCUUGGCAAUAUUCAGCAGAACAUCACGGAUGCAGAUGAUCCUCAAUCAUCGUAUCUUCUCCACUGCUGGGGCCGUAUGUGUCGAGUUCUCAACCAGGAUUUCGUUCCAUAUCUCCCCGGAGUCAUGCCGCCGCUCCUCCAGGUUGCCAGUGCCAAGGCUGAUGUCCAGAUCCUUGAUGACGAAGAGCAGCUUAGACAAGCUGAGCAGGAUGUUGGUUGGGAGCUUGUUCCGCUGAAGGACAAAAUUAUUGGAAUUCGAACCAGUGUGCUUGAAGAUAAGAAUACCGCUAUCGAGCUAAUUACGAUAUAUGCUCAAGUCCUCGCUGCUGCUUUUGAGCCAUAUGUCAUUGAGACGAUGGAAAAGAUUGCUAUUCCCGGUCUCGCAUUCUUCUUCCACGACCCUGUCCGGGUGUCAUCUGCACACUUAAUUCCCCAACUGUUAAAUGCAUAUAAAAAGUCUCACGGUGACCAGUCUCCCGAGUUCAUGCAGCUGUGGUCCAAGACUGCCGAAAAACUCAUCGAGGUUCUAAGCGCAGAGCCAGCCAUUGAUACAUUGGCGGAGAUGUUCCAAUGCUUCUACGAAUCAGUCGAGGUUGCCGGAAAGAACAGUCUCACGCAAGCCCAUAUGCAAGCAUUCAUUGCGUCUGCCAAGUCGUCGUUGGAGGACUACCAAGCUCGUGUGAAGCGACGUGCGGAAGAAAAAGCAGAAUUGGACGAGGCGGAUGACGAUGCCAUAUCAUACGAUAUCGAAGUUGAAGAAGAUCAGAACCUACUGAGCGACAUGAACAAAGCCUUCCACAUCAUUUUCAAGAACCAUGGUCCCGCUUUCUUACCAGCAUGGGAACAGCUACUCUCCUUCUACGAUGCCUUCGUUACAAAUGAAGACCCCACACAGCGACAAUGGGCAAUCUGCAUCAUGGAUGACGUACUGGAAUUCUGCGGUGAGCAAUCUUGGAAUUACAAAGAUCAUAUGAUCCAGCCUCUUAUCAAUGGCAUACGGGACGACAACGCCGCAAACCGACAAGCGGCAUGUUACGGAGUCGGAAUUGCAGCGCAAAAGGGCGGGCUUGCCUGGAGCGAUUUUGUUGCCGCGAGCAUCCCGACGCUGUUCCAGGCGACGCAGCAUGCGAAGGCGAGGACGCAAGAGCACAUUUUCGCUACUGAGAAUGCAUCCGCUAGCGUCGCGAAGAUAUUGCAUUAUAAUUCUAGCAAAGUACAGAAUCCGCAGGAGGUUGUGGAGAAUUGGUUUAAUACGCUACCCAUCAUCAAUGAUGAAGAGGCGGCGCCGUAUGCUUAUUCUUUUCUUGCGCAGCUUAUUGACCAACGAAAUCCCACUGUUUUCAACAAUGCCACAAAGGCAUUCACCUAUAUCGUGCAAGCCCUCGAAGCGGAAACACUGCAGGGUAGCACUGCUGCUCGUGUCGCAAACUCAUCGAAACAGCUUGCAACGGCAACAGGAGUCGCUGUAGAUCAGAUCUUUGCAAAUGUUGAGCCCAAGAACCAAAUGGCCGUGCGAAGCUUUUUCCAAUAA